UCCUUGAACUCUAAGUUCCACAUCGUCAGGACCAGUGAGCAGCAGCAAGGCCUGGGCUGGGCUUAUCAGCCUCCCAGCCCAGCCCCUGCCUGGAGACAUAAAUAGGCUGGGAGAGAGGGCAGCUCAGAGAUCGAGGGAAUCCUCGGAGGUCACCCACAUCCCUUCAGGAUGAAAGCGGUGGUGCUGACCUUGGCCGUGCUCUUCCUCACAGGGAGCCAGGCUCGGCAUUUCUGGCAGCAAGAUGAACCCCAGUCACCUUGGGAUCGAGUGAAGGAUUUAGCUACCGUGUAUGUGGACGCAGUCAAAGACGGCGGCAGAGACUAUGUGGCCCAGUUUGAAGCCUCCGCCUUGGGAAAACAGCUGAACCUGAAACUCCUGGACAACUGGGACAGCUUGAGCGGCACGGUGGCCAAGCUGCGCGAACAGAUCGGUCCGGUCACCCAGGAGUUCUGGGAUAACCUGGAAAAGGAGACGGAGGCGCUGCGGCAGGAGAUGAGCAAGGACCUGGAGGAGGUGAAGCAGAAGGUGCAGCCCUACCUGGACGAGUUCCAGAAAAAGUGGCACGAGGAGGUGGAGCUGUACCGCCAGAAGGUGGCGCCGCUGGGCACGGAGCUGCGCGAAGGCGCGCGCCAAAAGCUGCAGGAGCUGCAGGAGAAGCUGACCCCCCUGGGCGAGGAGCUGCGGGACCGCGCGCGCACCCACGUGGACGCGCUGCGCGCGCACCUGGCCCCCUACAGCGACCAGCUUCGUGAGCGCCUGGCCACCCGGCUGCAGGCGCUCAAGGAGGGCGGCAGCGCCAGCCUGGCCGAGUACCACGCCAAGGCCAGCGAGCACCUGAGCGCCCUCAGCGAGAAAGCCAAGCCCGCGCUCGAGGACCUCCGCCAGGGCUUGCUGCCCGUGCUGGAGAGCUUCAAGGUCAGCCUGCUGGCUGCCGUCGAUGAGGCCGCCAAGAAGCUGAACACCCAGUGAUGCGCCCCGGACCCGAGGAACCCCUCCCGGGGCUCCCCUUUUGGCGCAUCGGGUUCUUAGAAUAAACUUCCAAAGUGGGACACCUGUGUUGGGCUGCGUGUGUUUUAAAUCUUCACUUACGAUUUUUAAACAAUAAAAUAUGCUACGAGAA